AAAGGCCUCGCGGGGAAGGAGGUGUCGGGGAGGGAAGGAAGGCCAGGCCUCGCUCGGGGUGAAGAAAAAGAAGGGCUCCAUGGCGGCGCUGGCAGGCCCAGCCCUCUCCUCACGCCGCCUGCCUCCCCCAUCGCCUUAUUCUGUCUCUUCAAUCCGGAAUGGCCCUCACGGAGCGAGAGAGAAAGAGACAGGGAGAGGCCUCUGUUUUCAGGGUUGUUGUAUGUCUUUCGGGCUGUGUGGCCAUGUUCCAGAAGCAUUCUCUCCUGACGUUUCGCCCACAUCUAUGGCAGGCAUCCUCAGAGGUUGUGAGGAACGAGCUUGAAGUAUAAUGCAUGAAGGUUAGUGACAUCAUGACAACUAUUCGACAGAGAAAGGGAACAAAAUCUACAGAAGUUGCAGAAGAAUGUCUAUCACAAGAGAAGAACUGGAAACUUAAUGGGAAAGUUGUGCCUGGUAAAGGCUUUGCUUAUUGGAGAAAACAAAAGAUCCGACAUGAUUAUAAGAAAUUACUAAAAAAGGAAAGCAAUGUAAAUUCCAAGAAGAUUGAGUACACAGAAGAUUACCCAGAACACUUGAAGCAUCUUUAUUUAGCCGAAGAAGAAAUGCUUAAGAAACAACAGAAACCUAGAAAAAUUAGUGAAGGUAUACAGGAAGGAAAGGACUCUAUAACACCAAAAUUCAGUAGAGUUGGGAGACAAUUAAAAAUAAAAACAGCAAACCAGAAAGCAAAAGAAGAUUAUGAGAAGAUAAAGGCAGAGCGAGAUCGGAAAAAAGAGGCAGUCCCUUUUAGAAGAAGGUCUAGAACAAAAGGGAGAAAUGCAUCAAGAGGAAAGUGAGUCAAGCCAACCCUGACUGGGACCACCUUCCACCCGGAAAUCAAUGUCCUCACUGUGGAAGAACAUGCAGAUCAAGAAUAGGUCUCUGCAGUCACCUACAGACCCACCAUCAAGACACGACAUUUGGAUGACAAUCAUACUCGGGCACAAGCGAUCACUGAUGAUGAUGACUCCCUGGCAGUGACAGCUGUUCAACAAUGAAAUAUGCUGCCUCAGAUUAUGGUGAAGUCUCUUUCUCUGGAUGUUUUUAAACAGACUGGAUGAGUCAUCUGCUGGGUGUAUUUGAUUGUGUAUCAUCCAUGCUGAGAGGUUGGAGUGGAUGCCUCUUGCAGUUUCUUUCAACUUUAUAAUUCUAUACUUCUAUUUUUAUUAUUCUGUGACAUUGUGAGGAAACAGAAAAUUCAAUGUAACUGUGAUUAAUUUUUCUAGUACCAUCCAUAACUUGAAGCAAUGAUGCCACUUGCUAGUAAAGGCUGGUGAAUUCUAUAUCAUUGGAAUUGUGAAUCUACACCAGAUUUUAAUCUAAAUUAUAAAGGUGCUGGGACUAUUUUAAGGACUGGAUCCCACAUGUUGUACAAAUCCCUUAAAGGGAACAGAUGGACUACCCCACUGAUGUGGCUGCCACUGUUUCCUUUUCAAGAAAAAAAAUCUAGAUAUUCUUCUAAACUGUUUUGUAAAAUCAGUUCAAUGCCAGCCCCUUUGAACUGUUUGCCAGUUUAAUCUUCAUGUGUUUUUCAUGAAUCCAUUUUUUCCUUCUCACAUUCCUUUCCCUCUCCCCAACUCUGAUGAAUCUAUAAAAAUCAGCUUUAUAUGAGAAGCAAAGCAAAGAAUCUGCCAAGAGAUGUAGGAACAAUGCAGAUUCACUUAAGUGAAAUGAACUGUUCAAUGAACAUGCAGUACAAAUUGGUUCAGUACCAUUACUUACACUAUUAGUUUAAAAGCUAUAUCUGGCUGAGCACGUAGUACCGAUGACAGUUUCUCCAUUUCACAUCUGUGCAGAACUGAAUGCUUUGUCUUAUUGCAUUUACAUUUGAAAAGAGAUUGCGGUAUGGUCUCCUUUUCCAUGGAUUUGAUAUCGACUGUUUCUUUCACCUAUGCUACAAAAAAUCUUUACAGAUGCCUCUCUUGGUCCUUAAAUGUCAUUCUAUGGCAUGAUUCCAGACCAAGCAUAAUCAUAGCUUUUGCUAUUAUCCAUGGUAUAAGUUAUCACCUGUGAAAAUGGAGGUCAUAUGUGUUUCAUCCAUUAAAAAAGACUAUGUUCUUACAUUGAGAUUUCAUACCAUAUAUCUCUGCAGGCAGAGUUACACAUUGAUCCUUCAGGUAUCUCUUCUGUUGAAUGUUGUGUAACUGAAUGCAAACUUGAAUGCACAAACAUGUCACCACAUCUGUAAGUCCACUGCCACACACUUAAAAAGAAUAUACAAAUUCUGCAUUGAGUAAAAAUGUUCAGCCACUUCCAUAGCGAGACUUGAGCAUGUGUCAUGACUCUCUCCUCCUGUACUUCCGUUCUAUAUUUUUUCAAAGCAAUACUGCAAUUAUAAGUAUGAUUCAUAUUUUAAACAACUAAAAAAUUACUGUCUCAAGAAUAGCAAGGAGUAGAAGAAGAGGGUACAGGAGGUGAAUCCCAGCCCUUGAAUAUCUCUUGACUACUUAGAAAAUAGCACAGAAGAAUUGCCUCCUGUACCAAGUAGGUGAUGGGAACAUGGUGUGAUUGGCAGCUAUUGACAUGACUUGUCCUUCAGAAACAGGAGAUUGGUUUAUCAUGGGAAGGAGAUAAACCAUCAGAUAGGUACAGUAUUCUGUGAUAGAAUUGUCACCAAAAGCACUGGUUCUGCUUCAAUGCUGGGUUGCCUUCUUCCUGAGAUAAAGUCCUCAGGUAUGAAACUCUAUACAGCCACAAAACCCACUAGGUCACACUAAAGCACCCAUUUUUUAUCUAGGCUAACACUAUUGUAUCCACCGAAGCCAGGACAUUAAGCCCAUUAUAGACUGCCACACUGUAUUCCUUUCUGAUCGCGUCCUUCUUAGGGGUGGAUCAAUAAAUGGACAUAUUCAAAAUAUUCUAAUGACGUUUAUUUAAGUUUCUCACCACAACAAAGACCACUCAGUGAUCACGUUGGAGGGAAUCCUGGAGCAAUCAGAGGCUAGCGCAGGAAUCUUGAAUAGCUGUCAAAUGUAAUAAAUAUGCUAUGUAUUUGCA